GUCACGUACCACUACCAACAACAACUGAAGUUACUUUAACCAUAGUUACAUUAACCCAACCCCACUCCAUUCCCCCAAUAAUUUCGCACUCCCUAUAUAUGUUCUCUCUCCUUCGUCAACUCCAUUUCUCUAGUAUGAUCAUCGUUUUCGCCGGAAUCUGAGAUUUCAUGUGCCGCCGAGCCGAGUAGUCUGACGCAUACGCCGAGGUUUGAAGAUGAGUUGUAACGGUUGUCGAGUUCUUCGAAAAGGUUGCACCGAGAAUUGCAUAUUGAGACAAUGCCUGCAGGGGAUCGAGAGCUCUCAAGCUCAGGCUAACGCCACCGUCUUCGUCGCCAAGUUCUUCGGCCGCGCCGGCCUCAUGUCCUUCAUUUCCGCCGUCCCCGAUUCCCAACGGCCAGCUUUGUUUCAGUCGCUUUUAUUUGAAGCGUGUGGAAGGACGGUGAAUCCGGUGAGCGGAGCGGUUGGACUUCUAUGGACGGGGAACUGGCACGUGUGCCAGGCGGCGGUGGAGACGGUGCUGGGAGGCGGCACGUUACAUCCGAUGCCGGAGUUUCUGGUUGGAGCUUCGGUUACGGAAUACAAGGACGCGUCGGAAGCCAACGACGUUGAGCUUUGUAGAUCGCAGGAGGAUCUGAAUUCGCGAUCGAAGGCGUACGAUAGGAAGGAUUUUGAGGACGUUGUGGUGAGAUCGCAACCGAACGAUCUCAAUCUCCGAUUGACUCAGAGUUUUGGAGCGAGAAUGACGGCGGGUGGGAGAGUGAACCGACGGACGGAGAAACGGCGACGAGCAACGCUGUCGUUGAAUUCGGAGGAGUCUGAAACGACGACGUUGGAGAGCGCCUCGGCUUUUCAUCAAAGUCUACUAGGAGGAGGAGAAACGAAGCUUUUGAGAUUGUUCCUUUGAGGAGAGAGAAGAGAAAGAGAGAGGUGAUCUAACACCGACGUGUUUGGACAUAAAGAUAUGCGAGUCCCCGACUUUCUCUUUCCAUGAAUUUUCUUUUCCUUUGUUUUGAUGAAAUGAGGAAAAGAAAUGCAAUGAUUUGGUAAAAAAUAUGUUAUGUUAUGAUUAAUUA